UCACACUGAUUUCUAGCCGGCACAUUGAUUUGAUUAACUCUUCAAUAUGGAGUCGAGUUUUCAGGAGCUGUAUAAAAAAGGCCUGGAUAUAGGUGAGCAGCAGAAGCAGCGCCAGAAGGAGCUGCUAAAGCAGCAGAAACUCCGCCGACAGCAGGAACAGGAUGACUACCGUCCGCUGCAAAAUCAAGAGAAACCGGUGCCAAGAAAGAAAAGCGGGAAACGUUCUGGUCACCAAAAAGGCAUCCCGUACAGACCACAACUCUCGGAGUGGCUGCGCCAUAAGCCCGACGAUCUCAACGAGUGGCUGCUGGUACCUUGUCCAGUGGGCAAAAGGUGCCUCGUGGUGGCAAGCAAGGGGAUCACCAAGGCGUACUCCAAAGGGGGCUGGAUGUUCGUGAAUUUCCGAUCCUCGCUGCCCGGCGACUGGCAGCUCCAAAAGGGUGAAACAAUACUAGACUGCGUGUAUGUUGAGGAUGCGGACACCUUCUAUGUGCUGGAUGCCAUAUCAUUUGGGCUACAGGAAGUGCAGGAGUGCGAGGCGUCCUUUCGUUUCUAUUGGUUGCGCGCCCGAUUCGAGGAGCACGAUUAUGACAAGAUUAGCGAGAACAACGAAAAGAAAUUUAAGCUCCUGGAUCACUUCGACUUCGAGGACCCCUCCGCAGUAGAACAGGCUCUGCAUAAGUAUCCUUUUUUCCCGGAGAACAAGCCAGACCUAGAUGGCUUCCUAUUUUAUCAUAAAGAGGCUAGUUAUGUGUGUCGGGAAACUCCCUUAGUAUGCUGGCUGUUUCCAUUUAUGAUGGAGGAUGUCCUUGGCUUGCCCGUUAAUAAGUGCUAUAAGGCCCCGGAGGAUUACCAACCCAGCCAUGUUUUGCAAUAUAUGGAUGCAUUUGAACAAAAGCUGGCAGAGCACAGAAGGACUCUUAAAGAGCAGAAAAAGAAAGUGAACGAGCAGAAGGAGGAUCCACACACCAUGGAGGCGGAAGAGGAUGUCGAAAGCGAUGAGUACGAUAGCUUAAAGCGAGUACUGGAUCAACAGCGACGUCUGGAGCUAGGUGAAUUCGACAUGGACUGUGCGGAGCCGCCAUCAGCUGAUGGCUGCUAGGCGAAAUGGGCAGCGGUGUGGGGGUGGCUUUUCUGCGCAGACGCUUUGAAAACACGGCCCUGGACAAAUAGCCUCAGCUCGCGCCCAGGAAAAUCAGAAAACCCAGAUUGCGGCCAGCCCACCAGCAAACAGAACUUAUUGAAAUUGUUAAAAAAUUUCUAACCAAACAUGGUCAUUCAGCGAAGUUGGAAGAUCCCCACUGACGUGGGGGGUUCCAUAAACAGCAGCACCACAUCAGCUAACGAGGUGCAGCAGCGUUCAUCUCCGGGCAUGCAACUGCAGGCAGCCAAUUCCUCCUCAGACGACUCCGACUGCUCUAAUCAAACCACACAUUCGAUGGACACACGGGUGGCCAGUCCGGUGGAGGGUGUCCGAAAGCAGACGGAAAAGGAUGUGGUACCCGAAACCAACACAAUCACCUUGUCCCUGCUGGGCGAAUCCACAUCCUCUGAUGCAGAGUCCUCGCAGAAAUAUGUAACCACACCAGACAUGGCCGAGAACAUGUUGCAACGCAUUCGCCAGCGACUUGGUGGCUCUCACAAUAUGGAAAGUGGCGGUAGUGCGGAGUCCGCGAUGAGAGCUCUAGAACUUUUGAGGAUCAGUGUACAGCAAGCCUUUGAUGCUGAGGUGAAUGAGCUCAUUAAGAAAUAUAUGCAAAACUACUUUAAACCCGCUUUUGGCAACAUCAAGGAGAACCUGGGCCAGCAUUCUGUUAAUGAGGAAACACUUCAGAAGAUGUCCUCGUGUGCAUUGUUGGAGAAUGCCAAGGCUCAGUACACGAACUUUGUGCGCCAGCAUCGUUUGGUUGCUAACGCCACGGAUCAGCAGCGCUUGGCGCUCAAACGCUCAGCUAAACAGGAUCUCAACCCAAUUAGUAAAGUGUUUGCUGGUAACGCGGGUUUUAUGCCAAACAAACCCAUGCCCUGCACGGCAACUACGGCCAACCAAUUGCCAACCCAGAACCAAAACCCUGCGGCUCUCCUGCUUUCUCAACCGGACUUGCAACCAGUUCAACCUCUUCAGCAGCAGCAGCAACAGGAACAAACACAAACGCAAAACCAACAACAACCGCAGCAUCGCUCCACGGUUACUCCAUUGGUGGGCGGCACUCUGCCCACUCCUGUGCGCCGGCAGAUAUUCUGGAACACCGCGCAGAUUUCGACUACCACCAAGUUCGUGCUGGAUGUGCAGGCUAACCUAUCGUUUGGCUUUGGCACCGACGGCAAGGAACGAUUAGCCAGCAAGCAUCCAGAAUUGAUACGCUACCUGCCGGAUGGCGAGGACAGGGAGUGGUUGGCCACCCGUGGGAUUAUUCCUGCCGAGAAUCGAAGCUCACGGUUUUUGUUUCUCAUCUACGAUGAAGUGUGCCGGCUGCAGCAAACACACGAGUUGUAUAGGCACAAAACCAAUAUAGAUCUUAGCAUGAUGCUCACCUUCAGCGUCACCGAUGCCAUGAUACACAAGAUGCGGCUGUUCUUCGUGGACCUGAACAUCAAGAGCCGCGGACUUAUAACGAAUUCAUAUAUUUUGCCCAGCCAGCAGCAGUCAGGGAAUACCAACAACAGUCAUUUAAGAAAUGCCCUUCUCCAGGGCGCCUCAGCGCAGCAGCACCAACAACAGGUAGCCACACCACCGUCUGAUGAAACUGCGCUCAAGGAGCUCCCGGCUGCAUCACCCACUCCUUGCUUGCAGGGUCAGGUGGUGGGUAGCACAACAACGCCGUUGAAGACCAAGCUGGCUGCAAGUUCUACGCUCAGCUCCUCGCAUGCCACACUUACGGCCUUGCUGAACAACGGGGGAGCUGUUGUGGGAGCAACUCCUACAGGCAACUCCACUUCCAGCAACAUCGCAAAAUUUAGAAAUUAAUUAAUGUAGAUUAAUGUAUAAUUCUUAUGCUUGUUUGUUACCAAUAAUGAACGGUGAUUUUAGGUUGCUGAUUAAAUGAAAUUCCAUGUUUAUGAGUUUGAAAACAGCAGCAAUUUUACUUUAAACCAUAAAAGGCGGCCCAUAACCUUCAUGUCUAUUUCUGCGCGUAACAUUUAAUCAUGUCCAACGUAGAAUUGUAUUGAAAGAAACUGCAAUAGUAAUAGACAACUUCAAAUAAAUAUUUGAUGUUUAUUGAAACUCAAUUUGAUAUACAUAU